GCGCGCACACACACACACACACAAACAUUAUGCUGCCUGGUUGGCGCCAGCCCGCGUGGCUGGCCGAAAUCCUGCUCUUUGCGGCACUAUUUGCGGUUUUUGCCUGGCCCUCGGCCGGUGCACCAGUCAUCUUCGGCAAUCGGGUGCCGGAGUACACAUGCUCGCCCUACACCAAGCAGCUGUUUUCUUAUUCGGCCCGGAUCACCUCGCGGCCGGGGGGCCUUCCAACCGACUCCCGGCCCUCUUUGCCACCAUCAGGCCUGCCGGCCUACAAUGGCACAAUCAUCACCCCGGCCGCUGACACCUGCAGAUGGACGAUCUCCUCGGACGCCGCCACCGGCAUCCAAUUCUGGGUCGAUCACUUUGCCUUCGCCCCGGGCACCCGGCUGAGUGUCUACACUGGACAGCAUGCGGUGGCCCACGCAUUGUUCAUCGAGCUGACAACGGCCUCGGUGCCCGGGAUGCCGCCUUCUGUGCGCAUUCCGGCGGCUUCGGCUCUGCACUAUCUGCCCGCCUACCGCCAGACCCCAGACACCGAGGGCUCCGAAGAGGCCGACCUGGAGGGGCCUGAGUCCGAGGACGAUGUGUGGCUUGAUCUGCCGGAAAUGGAUGAGUCCGACACACCGGUGUCCCCGCCCCACCCCAUCCCCCAGCGUCCAGAGCGCCUAAACCUGCACUUCGUUGUGCCGGCCAGCGCGGCACAUGUCCUUGUGACCCCCCCGCCUGCCGGGUCUGCGGCCAGCCUCUCACCCGGCCAUCCCUUGACCGGGCUUAAUAUGCUUUACGAGCUCCAAUACACUCCGUGCACGCGUGGCGCCGAGUGCCCGGCUGGCUACUACUGUCCCAGCCACAACAAUCGACCGGGCUCCGAUGGUGGCGAUGAAUCCACAACGCCGAACCCCCCCUCGGGGCUCGGUGAAGAGACCGGCGCCCCGGUGGGUGACUCACUCGGCGACGAGUCUGAGCUCCCGGCCGAAUCCUUUGUUCGCAAGUGUCUCCUGAGUUCGGCCAAUCGCCGCGCGGACUUCCGCUGCCUGCCCGUCGGGUAUGACUCGUUCCACUCGCCCGGCACCAAUGGGCUGUUUACCAUGAUGCGCAUGGACCCGACGGGCGAUCGCCCGGCCAGCCCGGCCACCAGUGACAUCACCUGUGAGUGGGUCAUCGACUCGCCGGAUCUCUUCCGGGGGGUCCUGUUGUUGGACUUCGUCCGGCUGCAACUUGAGGAUACGGAUCUAAUCGAGGUGAUCCCUCUGCCCCUGGGCCAGCUCCCUUCUCCGCCUGGACAUCCUGACGAAAGUGCAUCCUCCGAUGUCGGGUCUGCUGGGUCCUCCCUGUCCGAAUCGUCAUCUCACUCGGCCGGAUCUUCCAACUCCACUCACUCGGCUUCUGGCGACUCGUCUUCCAGUGGCUCCUUCGGAGGCGGGACCAUUCCUCGGCCUUGGCCGGACUUUGUUCCGCCCUAUUGGUUCGGAUACCUGCGCUGGUGGCUGGAAAUGCUGUGGCCCUGGUUCCCGAAGUCCUCCGAAGCCGGGAUGUCGGCGCACUUCGACGCGGUGCGCGUGCAUGGAAGUGCGCUAGAAGGCCAGUCCAUGGCGCUCGGCUCAUCGCGAGCCGUCGUGCGCGUCGUCUUCUCCAAUGGCCCCGCCGAGACGGGCGAUAUGGGGCAGAACGCCAGCACCACUGCUCGGCGUGUCCUGCUGGAUCGUGUCAAUGCCGUCGCUGAGCGUAGUGGCCUUCAAAUUCGCUAUACGGUCCCCUACCCGGACAUGUGCAGCCGGAGCACCGACUGCCCGGCCUUCAAGGCGCUCCCCUCGGAGAGCGGGGCAUCCGGUGCCUUCUCCGAGGCGCCAGCCUCCUCCCCCUUCGGCCGAUGGACCUGCGACGAAACCCGUGUCUGCCAGUGUGACGAUCUUUCCGGCCAGGGGAAGUGCGCCGCCAUGUAUAGCCCUGAUCUCUCCUCCGAGGUCAUCAUCGUCAUUUGCUUGGCCGUGGUCUUUGUGUUGAUCAUUGCCGCCGCUGUGGGUCUGGUCUGCGUGCGUCACGGCUGGUGGGCGCGUUACGGCUUCCCCCUGACCCAGCACCAGCGUCGGGUGCGCGAGUAUGAUGGGCUCUUCCGCGGGCUGGACUCCGGAAUCAAUGCCGACCCCGGUGUCAGGGUGUACGAGCAGUAUCAAUAUGAUCGGGCCCUGGCCGAAGCCCAUCUCCGGAUGCUGGAGUCUCACCGGCCGGACCUGCCGGACUUGCUGCUGGAUCGCCAGCAGCAGCGCGAGGCUGCCACCACCGCCGGUCCCGACCAGGCCCCUCUCAUGUCAGAUCUCCCAAGCGAAGAGGGCGCCCUGAUGAGUGUCUUCCUGGAUCGGCUGCUGGGCCGGACGACAUCCAGCGAGGAGGUUGCCUCCUCGUCGGCGGCAGCCGUCUACCCGGAGUCACGGCCGAUGCCCCCCCAGGGUCGCGAUCCUUCGGUCGCUCGUCGGAGCAACUUCGACCAGGACUCCUUCUACCAGGAACUGAGUAGCGGCAAGUUCGAUGGGCUCUUCGGGAUCAAUCACUCGGAGUAUGCGGUGGUUCCGGAUGCCGGGUUUUCCGACAUGUCUGACUCCGACAUGUCGGACUCCGAGUUGGACGGCGGGCCGGAGUUGGGCCUCCCUCAGGGGCCAUCUCCCGGCCGGGUCGCCGUACGCAUUGACAGCCACACGGAUGAUGACACCUUGACCCCGGAGCAAGACACCUUCUCCGAGGUGACGCCCCUGCUGGGGAACAUCCAAGAGGCCACGACUCCGUGGUCACUUCAAUCGCACACCAAGGAUGCAGCGGUCGGCUGGUCCGCCCCGUUGUCGAUCGGUACCAUGGGGGAGGACUUUGAUCUUGUCCCGGAGUACCGGUACAUGAGGCUGGAGAUGCAGCAGCUCACGGCAGCGCAGGUCCGUGCCCAAGCCGAGGCAGAUGCCAUUGCCCGGUGGCGACACCGGCUGUUCCGCCGACAGCAGCGGGCCAAGCGCCGCGAGCUGGUCAAGCGUGUGGCUUUCGACGACAUCCCAACCCCGGAGCUGGGGUUCACCUCGGAGCUGAGUAUCCCACAGACGAGUCUAUCAUCCGGGUGGACCAAUAUGGAUGCCCAGAAUCUCCCGGCUCCCUAAAAGUUCGCAAGAGGCAUAUCUCUUUCUCUCUUUCUCUCUCUCUCUCU